UUUCUCUUCUACUUUCAGAAAAGAAGGGGCAUUUCCGUGAAUUCAAAAAUGGUCUUCUUCUGAAAAGCAUGAGGAGCUGGUAGAGUCGCAGUUCUCUGAGGCGUUCGACUGUAAAACCAGACAAACUGAAAAACAAUAAUUACCCGAUUUCUCCUUUUCUGUCUCUCAAUUCUCUUUCUCGUCUCUCCAACAUCAAUUGCACCUCUGCAUUUCAACAGCUUCUAUCUCUCUCUCUCACUCUCACUCUCACUCUCAACCAUGCUCCCCUCAAAGACCAGAACUGGUUUAUCUGAAACUACACCGAACAAGGGCUCCCCAGCUACUCCAAGGGUUAGCAAAUUGCCCAAGGCAGCUGCUAAAUCAGACUCCAAUUCAUCUUCUCCCUUGCAAAAUCCACGCCUUUCAAUGGAUCACUCCCCUAGAUCAGUCGAUUCUAAACCCGCGGUCGAACGCCGGUUGUCAAAGAUCACUCCUCCGAUGCCAGCUAAAUCAGACUCCAAUUCAUCUUCUCCCCUGCAAAACCCACAGCGUUCAAUCAAUCAAUCGCCUAGAUCAGUCAAUUCUAAACCUGCGAUUGAGCGCCGGUUGCCAAAGAUCACUCCUCUGACACCGGCUAAAUCAGACUCCAAUUCAUCUUCUCCAAUGCAAAAUCUGCGCCAUUCGAUUGAUCGAUCACCUAGAUCAGUCGAUUCUAAACCUGCUUUCGAGCGCCGGUCACCAAAGAUCACUACUCCGCCUGAUAAACCACAGCGGUCAUUGAAGGGUUCAGAACUACAGGCCCAAUUGGGUCAGGUUCAGGAAGAUCUGAAGAUGGCAAGGGAUCGUUUAGCUUCUGUCGAGAAAGAGAAGGCCCGGGCUCUUUCAGAGCUGAAGGAGGCGAAGAGGUUGGCUGACAAUGCAAAUGAGAAGCUCAGUGAGGCUCUGGUUGCUCAGAAGCGAGCUGAGGAGAGUUCCGAGAUCGAGAAGUUUCGAGCCGAUGAAUUGGAGCAGGUGGGUAUUGAGGCAGCUCAGAAGAGGGAAGAGGAAUGGCAGAAGGAACUUGACGCAAUCCGAAACCAACAUGCCGUAGAUGUCACUGCAUUGCUGUCUACAACCCAGGAGCUCCAGAGGGCGAAACAAGAGCUAGCAAUGACCUCGGAUGCGAAAAAAACAGCCCUGAGCCACGCCGACGAUGCAAUGAAAAUCGCAGAGAUGAAUGCCGAGAAGGUGGAGCUUCUGACGGGUGAACUGAGUCACUUGAAAGCCUUGCUUGAUUCAAAGUUGGAGACAAAAUCCAACGAAACUGCUGAGUUAGUUCAGCAGCUGAAUUCCGAGGUUGAUUCACUUAAACAGGAACUCGAGAGAGUAAAAGCAGCUGAGGUUAAGUUGGCUGAGAUGGAAGCAGUCAUUGAAAGGCUUAGGAUGGAGGUAGUCGAUGCGAAGAGGGCUGCAUCAGACGCGGGUGAUUUAGUGAAUGAAUGGAAGAAGAAGGUUGAGUUGUUAGAAGCUCAGAUCGAGGAGGCAACUUGGUCUGAAAGAUCCGCAUCAGAAUCUCUGGAUUCGAUCAUUAAGCAGCUGGAGGGGAACAAUGUCUUGCUGCAAGAUGCGGAAUCCGAGAUCGCUUCUCUUAGAGGGAACGUUGAUUCGUUGGAAAUUUCAGUUGGUAGACAUAAAUGCGAUCUUGAGGAGUCAGACCGGCGCCUUGAAAUGGCAAAGCGAGAGGCAACAGAAAUGACAAGAGCUCUGGAAAUUUUGGAAUCCGAGCUUCAGAGUGCGAAGGAGGAGAAAGCACAGGCUCUGAGCAAUGAGAUGCUUGCAUCUUCGAGCGUUCAAAGCCUGUUAGAGGAGAAGAACAAGCUUAUAAAUGAGUUGGAAGCCUCUAGAGAUGAAGAGGAGAAGAAUAAGAAGGCAAUGGAAAGCUUGGCAUCAGCUUUGCAUGAAGUCUCAAUGGAAGCGAGAGAUGCAAAGGAAAAGCUCUUGACGAACCAAGCUGAUCUUGGGAAUGCUGCAUCUCAAAUAGAAGACCUGAAGUCGGUUUUGGAAGCCACGAAAAAGAAUUAUGAGGCCAUGCUUGAAGAAGCUAAAGAGGAUAUUGAUGGCCUUGAGAAGUUGGUUGAAAAGUAUCGUCUCGAAGUGAAAAAUUCGAAGGCUGAAUUGGAAGAGAAAGAGCUCAGUUUUGUAACCACUAUAAAAAAAUCAGAAGAAGCAAUUGCUGCUCUGAAAGGAGAAAAGGAUAGAGUGGCUGAAGAUAUGAAGGCUGAAUGGAAUGAAAAGGAAAUCAGUUUUAUGACUUGUAUAAAAGGAUCAGAAGAAGAAAAGGAUGCCGCCAAAAGAGAAGUGGAUAGGUUGGUUAAUUUACUCAAAGAAACCAAAGACCAGGUGCGGGCUACAAAGGAAGAUGGGGGCCAUCUGCGGAAUACACUUACACAAGCAGAAUCCGAGGCAAGUUCUGCAAAAGAAGAAGAGGAGAAAGCAAAGGCCGAGCGUCUGCAACUGAAGGAUAGGUUGCUGGACAGAGAAAACGAGCUGCAGAGCAUUACCCAAGAGAACGAUGACCUUCGAGCCCGAGAAGCUGCUGCUGUUGAGAAAGCUGAAGAGCUGUCUAAGCUACUAGCAGAGGUCACAGCCAAGAAGGUGGAAGAAAACGGCAAACUAUCGAGUAGUGAAAAAGAGUAUGAUUUACUGCCAAAUACGGGAGACUUCAAGGAGGAGAAUGGGUAUGGAAGAGAAUCAGAAAAACCCAAGUCAGAACUUCCGGUGGAACAGCAGCAUGAAGAACAUGAAAAGGAAGAUUUAUCAAAGGGUGUGGGUGUUGUCGAACUCAAAGAGGAGAACAGGAACGGAAAUGCCAAAGAAGACAGAUCCACCAGGUCUGAAGUUAAAAUGUUUGAGAAAGGCAUGUCACCUGCAAAAGAGCCAGAUCCAGAAUCAUUCAAAGAUGAAUUAGCAUCAAAUACUGGUAGUGACAUCUUAGACCAGAUAAAUGGUUUGCCAUCUGAGGCCAUGGACAACAGCAGAAUCUCUCCGUCAAAGCAACAGCAAAAGAAGAAGAAGACGUUACUACACAAGUUCGGGAGCCUGUUGAAGAAGAAGGGCAGCAACUCCAAAUAGCCACAGCCCGACUGCAGGUACUUUGCAGAAUGCUAUGAUCUGCUAUGUUGUUGUUGUUGUUAUUGUUGUUAUUGUUGUUUGAGCCUUAACUUGUUCUUGGUUUUGUGUUGGUUGCUACAAUUUCUGCACGGUCCUGUCUGUAGAUUGUAGCAAUAUAAGAGGUGUAUGUGAGAUGAUCUGCUGGUCGGUCCUGCUUGGAACUGUGUUUUUUAUCUCUCCUUCAUGGAGAGGAAUGAUGACUUGUGCAAUUGUAUGUUUAUCACUUCGUUUAUACUUAAAAUCAAUCGCUUCUGCCAAUCUGCAAAGCUAUGAAA